CGCGGAUAGGAAGUGAUGGCGCACAUACAGUAUGUCAGGUUUGCCUUAGCGUGGACCUCUGGAUGCGGGAACCUCGGCUAAGAUGCUCCAACAAACAACCUCCCUUUCGGUCACACCAUUCGUCACCAGUCUUGUUUCUGUUCUUUCCACAACCUUUAAAAAAUUAAAACUGCCAUGAGUCCUCCGAAUAAGUCAUUUGCGGAAUGCAUUCACUUAGAAAAGCUGGAUGCAAAUACUUACAAGGCUGAGCUUGAUGGGUCAUUUGCUAUCGGCGCCGUUCCAAACGGCGGUUAUUCUGCAUCAUGCGUGCUUGCCGCCGCCCGUGCGCACUUGACCGAGCGUGGACAGACAGACACAUUGAACGUGCACUAUGAGUUUGUCACCGCGGUUGGAGUUGGACCGGCCAUCAUCACCGUAGAAGAAGUCAAGAUUGGCAGGACGCUAUCCACUCUACACGUCACACUCUGGCAAGGCAAAGGCAUGCUCAAAGAAGCACCCUGGAUUACUCGCUCAGAGACCAAGCGCUGCAUCCUCGCAUAUGCGACGCAAACCAACUUCAAGACGCUCGGUGGAUAUUCUAUCGAGACGGGCUUCAAGCAGCUGGACCAACAAACACGGCCGGCAAAGCCCGACCUAGAAGCUCUCCUGAGAGAUGGCAAGGUUAACCUCUGGCGUGAAUCGCUCCCUCCGGCUGGCUCUGUGGCAAGAUCCAACGAUUUCUGGCGCAUGUUCGUACCUAGCGAAGGUCCCUUUUCCCCAGGCGUGCUCGACGUGUGGAUGUGCACGCGCAGCGGAGAACCCAUCAAACAGGAGAUGAUGCCAUUCGUGGUAGACUCGGUCCCGUACGACAUGACAACAUUUACGGUGACACCAGAGAUGUACGCCGCCCAUCGCAACAAGGACAUAGCCAGAAACUCGGCGGCCAAGCGUGACGAACUUGAGGAGCGCAAGAAGGAGCGCGCUGGGUUUUGGUUCCCGACAGUGGUCCUUGAUCUCGAAAAUAAGGCCACUCUGCCGGCUGAGGGAGUCCGCUGGGUCAAUAUGCGAUUGACCAUUAAACUUAUGGAAAACGGCCGCUUUGAUAUGAAUGUCAUGAUGAGAGACGAGCAAGGCGCGAUUAUCGCCGCGAGCAAUCAGGUUGCACUGAUUAUCAGCAUGGAGCGCAACUUACGCAAUGGCAAGAAAAAGGCCUCAUUGUAACAUGUUCUGUCUGCGCGUUGCUUUCUUCAGUUAUUAUAGAAUGUAUUGACAUAGAUUUAGAACAAUGCAGCCAAAUGGCAAUCAACGGAACCUGGCCGUCGUCUCCGCUAUCGCGCCGUGAUCGGGAUGUCCUGCCAGCUGGCAUAAUCUUCGACAGCUGGCACGCUUCUGUUGAGAUUUUAACCAAAUAGCAGCAGUC